GGGACCGGUGGCUUAGCCCAACAUCGCCCUUCAGCCCAGUAGGGCGGCCGCCUGCCAGUCGGCUCCCCGGCCUGCUCUCGGCGGCGGCGGGUGAAGCGAUUCCCGGGACCCGCCACCCAGCCGUCCGCCCGCGCGCAGCGCAACCAGUAGACAUGGUGAACAUCAAGGCCUUCAGCUUGGUCUCUGCGGUGGAGCGGGAGCUGCUGAUGGGUGACAAGGAGCGCAUCAACAUAGAAUGCGUGGAGUGCUGUGGCCGGAACCUCUACGUAGGCACCAACGACUGCUUCAUCUAUCACUUUCUGCUGGAGGAGAAGACUUUGCCCGCAGGGACAGCCGCGUUCACUGCCACCAAGCAGCUGCACAGGCACCUGGGCUUCAAGAAGCCCGUGAACGAGCUGCGGGCGGCCUCAGCCCUCAACAGGCUGCUGGUGCUGUGUGACAACUCCAUCACCCUGCUCAACAUGCUGAACCUGGAGCCCGUCCCCUCGGGGGCUCGCAUCAAAGGGGCCACUGCGUUCGCUUUGAACGAGAACCCCGUGAGCGGGGACCCGUUCUGCGUGGAAGUGUGCAUCAUCUCCGUCAAACGCAGGACCAUCCAGGUGUUUCUUGUGUACGAGGACCGCGUUCAGAUCGUCAAGGAAGUGUCCACCCCCGAGCAGCCUCUGGCCGUGGCUGUCGACGGCCAUUUCUUGUGCCUGGCUCUGACCACGCAGUACAUCAUCCUGAACUACAGCACUGGCCUCUCCCAGGACCUGUUUCCCUACUGCAGUGAGGAGAAGCGGCCCAUCGUUAAGAGGAUAGGCAGACAGGAGUUCCUGCUGGCUGGCCCCGGCGGCCUGGGCAUGUUUGCCACCGUCGCAGGGAUAUCCCAGCGUGCUCCCGUGCACUGGGCGGAGAAUGUCAUUGGGGCAGCUGUUUGCUUCCCAUAUGUCAUAGCGCUUGAUGACGAGUUCAUCACAGUCCACAGCAUGUUGGAUCAACAGCAGAAACAGACCCUGCCCUUUAAGGAAGGCCACAUCCUACAGGACUUUGAAGGAAGAGUGAUUGUUGCCACAAGUAAAGGAGUUUACAUCUUGGUUCCAUUACCUCUGGAAAAACAAAUACAGGAUCUACUAGCAAACCGAAGAGUGGAGGAGGCUUUGGUUUUAGCAAAAGGAGCCCGGAGGAACAUUCCGAAAGAAAAAUUUCAGGUCAUGUACCGAAGGAUUCUGCAGCAGGCGGGCUUUAUCCAGUUUGCACAACUUCAGUUCCUGGAAGCUAAAGAGCUAUUCAGAAGCGGCCAGCUUGACGUCCGGGAGCUGAUCUCUCUCUACCCCUUCCUGUUGCCCACCUCCUCUUCAUUCACUCGGUCCCACCCUCCUCUUCACGAGUACGCAGACCUGAACCAGCUGACCCAGGGGGACCAGGAGAAGAUGGCCAAGUGCAAACGCUUCCUCAUAAGCUACCUGAACGAAGUCCGCAGCACAGAGGUCGCUAAUGGCUACAAAGAGGACAUUGACACAGCUUUGCUCAAGCUGUAUGCAGAGGCUGACCACGACAGCCUGCUGGACCUCCUGGUCACCGAGAACUUCUGUCUUCUGACGGACAGCGCUGCCUGGCUAGAGAAGCACAAAAAGUAUUUUGCACUUGGACUUCUCUAUCAUUACAAUAACCAAGAUGCUGCCGCACUGCAGUUGUGGGUAAACAUCGUGAACGGGGACAUCGAGGACUCCACGCGCUCAGACCUGUACGAGUACAUUGUUGAUUUUCUCACCUACUGCUUAGACCAGGAGUUGGUGUGGACCUACGCCGACUGGGUCUUGCAGAGAAGUGAGGAGGUUGGCGUUCAAGUUUUCACCAAGAGACCUUGGGACGAACAGCAGAAGAAUAGUUUUAAUCCAGAUGAUAUUAUCAAUUGCCUUAAAAAAUACCCUAAAGCUCUUGUUAAAUAUCUGGAAUAUCUCGUUAUUGACAGGAGGCUGCAGAAAGAAGAGUACCACACCCACUUGGCGGUUCUCUACCUGGAGGAGGUGCUGCAGCAGAGGGCGGCUGCCGGCAGCCAGGGCUCGGAGCCCAGCGAGACACAGACCAAGCUUCGGCGCCUGCUCCAGAAAUCUGACUUGUAUCGAGUCCACUUUCUGAUAGAGAGGAUCCAGGGUGCUGGCCUGCCCAUGGAGAGCGCCAUCCUCCACGGGAAGCUGGGCGAGCACGGGAAAGCCCUGCACAUCCUCGUGCACGAGCUGGGGGACUUCUCGGCGGCCGAGGACUACUGCCUGUGGAGCUCCGAGGGCCAGGACGCACCCUGCCGCCGGCACCUCUUUCACACGCUGCUCGCCAUGUACCUGCACGCCGGCCCCGCUGCCCACGAGCUGACUGUGGCUGCUGUGGACCUGCUGAACCGCCACGCCACGGAGUUUGAUGCCACACAGGUGUUGCAGCUGCUGCCUGGCUCCUGGUCGGUGCAACUGCUCUGCCCAUUCCUGACUGGGGCCAUGAGGGACAGCAUCCACGCCAGGAGGACCACGCAGGUGGCUGUCGGCUUGGCCAGGUCAGAAAACUUGAUCUACACAUACAAUAAGAUGAAGUUGAAAGGAAGCGCAAUCUGGCUCUCGGACCAAAAGCUUUGCCAGCUGUGCCAGAAUCCCUUUGGCGAGCCUGUGUUUGUCAGAUACCCAAAUGGAGGGCUUGUGCACACCCACUGUGCCACCAACAGACACACGACGCCCAGCUCGCCCAGCCCUGGCACCCGGACUUGAAAAGCUUGGCUCAAGCACACAAGGGGGACUCCGAGGUCUUUUCUAAGCCUGCUGGACACCAAGAGCAGACAGCUGCCACACUUCAUGCCAGCGGGACAAAGGGAAGGCACCUGGGUGCCGGGGACACCGAAGUCCCUGUGAAACAAGGACACCUCACUGCUGACCGUUCUUUGUAUGAAUGUAAAUGGGAGUCCCUGAGAGUCCCGAAAGUAGGCCUGAGUUCACCUGUCCAGAAACACAGUCGUCCAGAACAGAGGUCUCCCCUCAAAGAAAAGGGAGUCUUCCCCGUGUGGUCGGGACAGGUGAGAGAGCCCUCCUGAGACACCUGGGCACUGGAAAGGUGUUGCAUGGUCUUCAGGUGAAGCCCUUCCCACCCCGGGCAUGUCCAGGGCACGGUUCUCCAACUAUGUUGGCUCUGCCUUUGUCCCUAUAAGAGGCCAACCUUAGGGACAUACUUUUUGUUUCUUCUUCCCAUCAGCUCUCAUUCCCCAAAAAGUUCUGUUUUGUUUACUCCAUCAAUCACUUUUGGGUAAAUUCCUGUGCUUCGGACUGCCUAGCAAAUGGAGAUCUUUUUGGAAACCGAUAAAGGUCCAAGAGAGAAGCUAGUUUGCCCAUUCUGAAGUGGGCACAGGGAGCCCAAGAUGUUGGGGACCUGAAGGCAGGUUCCUUUGCAGUGACAUCAUCUGCUGAUUAGAAGCUCCCUGAUGAACAGGUUCCACUAAACCUUUUCAUUUGAAUUCAUAGCAUCUUUGUAGUUCCUCUCUCAUUGAGAAAUUCAUCUGUCAUGUUCAUUAGGGCUAUUUUUUUCUUGUGAAAACGUACCUCCUACUGAAGACUUGAGAAAUGAAAAGGGAAAACAAGAGAAGCUAAACCAAGUGUGCUUUUUAGGAGUCAGACCCUGGGCAAAACUGCCUUUGCCCUGAAUGGAGGCACCCUUGCUCCUGAUAGGUGCUUCUAAAGAUUUUCCAAGGAGGUCCAGUCAGGCUGACUUACCUGCCAGCACUUUCUACGCCUGCUCUGAGACUUCCGGAAUCUGCAGAAGAAAGGUCUCUCAUCCAUAACCACCUGGGGAUUUGCUUUGUGCUUCUGCAUCAUGUCAGACAAGCUGCAGCGCUUACCAUUUCACUGCCUCUUUGGAAUUUCAUCCUUGUGAUGACCUGUGCUGGGAAGAAUUUCCAUAAAGACAAUAUACCCCGUAACCACGAUGUUUGAGAAACCGGGAUCUGCUGGUACCUAUAAUAGGAGGGCGGCGAAACACACCCUUUCUUCAUCAUCCUGGGCCUUCCUGGGGGGAAUAAAGAACUCACUGUCUGUUCUUUAAAAAAUGUUUGUUAUACUAAUAAUGAUCACUGUAUUUUUUUUUCUUUUGGGAUUCUGAGUGAGCCAAGAAGCAAAAACAUCCUUGUGUUUUUGGGGGAGUUGGCACCUUUUUUUCCUAACCAUGUUUCAAUUAUCUAAAGAAUAAACAAUGAAGAAAUUCUCUUUUGGCUCAGGUGUAUGCUGUGCUGUGUAAACUGGUCUGAAUUCCAAGCCGGGUCAUGAGCAUCAGUUCCUGGAUGACUGUUUAGGAACUCAUUUUGUUGCAUGUGUUAUCACUGCAACCUGUGAGUUGAGGUUUGUAUUCCCCAAAGAGCAAGUUACCUGUAUACGCAGCAUUAUACUUUUAAAAACACUGCUUUCUCUGUCCACAAGAUGGGUGCGGUCUUGGAAAAGGCUUGGGAUUGCUCACUCCUGACCCGGGGACACUAGUCUCUUCUUUCCUCCCCGCUCUGAAGCUGGAUGGAUAUUUUGAAACGCCUGCCAUUGUCUCCAAGAAUGAAAGCUGUAGUUGGGCAGUUUCCCCUCUACUGAAUCAUUUAACACGGGCGGAAUAAUAUGGCAACAUGCAGGAUUGUCUCAUAUGUUAAAAACUGUCUUCUCUAACCCCUCUUGCUCUCUCACGAGGUCCUUUUCUUAAAUCCUAUUUUUAAGACAAAUACAUGAUUCUUUCUACCAGGCCUGCUGUUUUGUGACUGCCGUUGAAUAGAGCAAUUAGAACUGUCACUCAGACCUUUUCCCUCUCAUUAGGUUCAGCGUAGCCAUUCUAGUUAAAACAGCAUGAACAGAAAUCAAUUUACAUUAAUAUUCUAUGGGCAAUACUGUUUAAUUUUAUGGACUGUUUAUCUGCCGUGGCCUAUCAAGUAUUAACACAGGAGCGUCACGUCGCCUGGGGGGCCUGGGCCUGAGCUCAGAGCUGGGAAGUUUGGUAAACUGCGCUUGCUCACUCUAGGGUGCAGGGAGGUGGCCGUGGGGUUCAUUGUCACCCAGAUGUCUGUUGCGCAGCUGGGGUAGUCCUUGCUUUUUUGCCUGUUGUUCCAUAGAACCGUUUGUCCUUGCAACUUUAUCCUUCUCCCCUGACUGGGUCCCAGAUACACAAGAUGUACAAAUGUAAACUUGUUGAUUUUAUUAAAAUUCUUUUAAUUCGUU